AAACGUACGAGAAAUGUAUUAGUGUAUUUCGUAUAAAACAGCAGAAAAUCAAGAAGAUAAAAAAGAAACCAAAAACCCAUCAACCUCCCCACCCGACCAAGUCAUCUACAUCUCUUCAAGAAUCAAUCAAUAACAGCGAAAUAGUAUCUCUCCCCUCUCUCUGCCCCUCCGCCGCUUUGCUCGCCCAUACGCAACCGUCCUGCCCGCUGGAAACAUAGAGUCCACUCUUCUUGAAUACCCGUAUCUGUUGUGAUUAUGUUCUAUGUUUUUAUGGUGAUGGAAGCAGUGAAGGGCCGGAACACGUGAGGGUGUAUGUGUAUUUGAUGUUCUUGUGAGUGGAUUUUGUUUGGUCUAAAUGGGUAGUAUAACGGACGCGACGAUACUGCAUCAUGUGUGCAUUGUGUUGCUUUUGCUUUGGUUUCUCAAUUCUUUCAACUGUUGCCACCCGGUUGCUUAUUUUCUCUCCCUUAUCUAUAUCUAUGUGGUUCAUGAAGGGUAUGUGCUGAAAUUGAGAAAGAAACUGCAGUUUGAGGAGAAGAAAGAGGCCAAUCAAAGACGGGUGCUUUCAGAUUCUGAGACUGUUAGAUGGUUGAACCAAGUUAUUGAGAGGAUGUGGCCGGUCUGCAUGGAAGAGAUAGUUUCUCAGAAAAUUCUUUUCCCUAUUGUUCCAUGGUUCCUGAAGAAGUAUAAACCUUGGACAGCGAAAGACAUUGAGCUUCAGCAUCUUUACUUGGGAAGAUCCCCACCUAUCUUUACUGACAUGAGGAUUCUUCAACCCUCCAAUGGUGAUGAUCACUUGGUUCUGGAACUGGGUAUGAAUUUUCGUACAGCGGAUGAUAUGAGUGGAAUACUUGGUGUAAAGUUGCGAAAACGAUUGGGUUUUGGGAUGUGGGCGAAGUUGCAUUUGUUGGGCUUGCAUAUUGAAGGGAAGGUGUUAGUUGGGGUGAAAUUUCUUCAGGGCUGGCCCUUUAUCAGUCGUUUGCGUUUAUGCUUUGCUGGCCCACCAUAUUGUCAGAUGACUGUUAAGCCUAUCUUCACUCAUGGCCUUGAUGUAACAGAACUUCCUGGCAUAGCUGGCUGGAUAGAUAAUCUUCUGGCCCUUAUUUUUGAGGAAACUUUAGUGGAGCCUAAUAUGCUGGUGGUUGAUGUUGAAAAAUUCGCUUCACCCCAACAAGAAAAUUGGUUCUCUGUUCAUGCCAAGGAGCCUAUUGCGCAUGCUAUCCUGGAAGUUCUUGAAGCUGCUGACAUGAAGCCAUCAGACUUGAAUGGAUUGGCCGACCCAUAUGUGAAGGGACAAUUGGGCCCUUAUAGAUUUCGGACUAAGAUUCACAAGAACACUUUGACUCCAAAAUGGCGUGAGGAAUUCAAGAUUCCUAUCUGCUCAUGGGAAUCACAAAACAUUCUCGUCAUUGAAGUUCGUGACAAGGACCCUAUAUUUGAUGACAUGUUGGGAGAGUGUACUGUAAACAUCAACGAACUUAGAGAUGGACAGAGGCACGAUCUAUGGUUGCCUCUCCAGAAAAUUAAAACGGGAAGAUUGCAUCUUGCAAUAACUGUGUUGGAAGGAAAGGGGAAGACAGCUUAUAACCAGAAGCGAACCAGGCACAAACUGAAAGUCAAAGUGAAUUUGAAGCUAUGUUGUGGACACAAAAAUUUUGGAAAAGGAGUUGCAAAAUCAAUUGGUUCAGAAUCCUCAUAUGAUACAGAAAGUGCUGAUGGUGAAAAAGGCUCAUCCUCUUCCGUGAUAUCUGGGAAAUCCCCAAAAGUUGCAGACAAGUUUGAGCCAGUUGACAUUGAUGGGCAACCUGAGACUGGGAUAUGGAUUCACCACCCAGGCAGUGAGGUUCUUCAAGUGUGGGAGCCAAGGAAAGGGAGAAGCAGGCAACUAGAUGGUUAUUGCCUCAAUGGGCAAGCCCAGGGCGAGUGUGGCGAUUCAGUUGGAAGUUUUAAGUCCUCUGGUCAUAAUGAUGGCAGUGGCUCUGAUGAAAGUUCAGAUUCUAAUAAGUCACAGUCAAAGCAUCGAGUUCGGAGGGGGUUGAAAAAGAUCAGUUCGGUAUUCCGCAAGAGCCCGAGAGGUGAGGAUAAAUCUGUCUCACUUGGGGACACUGAACCGUCUAUACCUGAUAAUGUGAGGGCGUUAAAUGCCAAGGGAGUUGGUGUCAAACUGGUAAUAGAUGAUGCCAUUGUUCCUCCAUCUCCAAAGACACCAAAAGAUGGGAAAGAAUUACUGGAGGAAACUGGGCAAGAAAACUCGCACCAUGGGCAUGCAAAGGAUGUGGCUAAGAGCUUGUUCAAACAUGCUGGAAAAUCUGCUCGUGGUAUAAAGGCUGCACUUUCUCGUUCAAGAAAGUCCAAGCCUGAACAAGGAUCGUUGCUGGUAGACAACAAAGACAUACUUUUGGAGCCGGAUUCUUCUGGUGACGAGUCUUUUUCAUCAACCACACCUACUGCAGUUGCAGAACAUGGUGUGGUUAUUCCUGGUUCAGCUAUUUCGGGUCCGGAAUCUGUUUCUCGUAAUAAUUCUUCGGGGUCAAAGGAUAGUGUCGAGACAGCAACACCCUCACACAACAAUUCUUUCAAGUCUACGGACAAUGCAGUUCAUAUUGGUGCCAAGCCUGACAAUAUUUCCGUCAAGCCUGUGAUUAGUACCAUUUAGACCCCUAAAGGAAGUACCAUUGAUACUCCGAUUACCAUGUCUGAGUAGCAUGAAACAGGGAACCAAAUGCCAUCCGGAAGCAUUCACAACGGUAGCCUCAAGAUCUAUCUUAAGUUAUAUACUGUUUUAGCCCAAAGCUUUCGGGAAGAUAUUUGGGAGUAGGUAAGUGUGUGCGUACCUUGCUGGAACAAGAUGAUGCAAAAUCAUGAUUAGAAGAAUAUGUAGCUUUCAAAUCUUUGUUGUUUGUAAUACCUUAUAGUGAGAUUGUACAGAAGAACCUACAUAUAUGUUCGUAGGGUUCAGGUCACCUGUCAGUUGUACAGAGGUGUUUUGUUCAACUUAGCAUGCUGGAAUUUUUUCCCUUGACUGAAGCUGGUAUCAAAGCCUUGUUUGGGUAUGUAAAUCCGUAAAAGUAUAGAACUACUGUAAUUAACUUGUGUAUUGCAACUUCUCUUGGUUAAUCAGUAAUGGUUCUUUCAUGUCGAUAA